AUAACAGCGUCGGUCGUCCGGCUUGCUGUCAAUGUCAAAAAAAUCAAGCAAACUGUUCAUAUUACUGAAAAACAUACUUUGCUAAAUAAUUAUGAGAUAACAUUGAUUUACUUGUUGUUUAUGUGAUAUGUGUGUUCUUGUAUAAACGCUAUCAUCGCGGAACAAUAUCUGUACGUGAUAGUAUUUCGUGUUAUAACUGCGUAUUGAAUGUCGUUCGCGUGAACUGUUACAAUGGCAAAACAACAAAUAAAUACGAAAUCCAGCAACUAUGCGAAAGAUAAAGAAGCAUUUCUCAAGGAUUUGAAGCAGUUCAACGAAUCUAAAAACCUACCUACAAAAGUGCCAAUAGUGAAUGGCAUAGAAAUAGACCUUUAUCUGUUCUACACAUUGGUUCAACAGCGAGGUGGAGUUGGAAAGGUGAAUCAGAAUGACACUUGGGAGUCAUUCCUACGUCCACUCCGGCUGCCUCAUCCAUGUGUCAAUGGAUCAACAUUACUGAGAAGGAUUUAUGGAACAUAUUUAGAGAAAUAUGAGAGAGCAAAAGGUCCACCGGGCCGAGAUGACGACAUGGACCUGGACGAGGACCCGCGCCGCGGCCGGGGCGGGAACAUACCGCGCAUGUCGUUCGGAGGGGGUACGUACAUAUCAGCAUCAGGUGAGGCGCUUCGUACCGGGUCGCGCGUGGCGGCUGCAUCCGAGAGACUCGCCCUCUCGCUCUUAUCGCCGAUGCCGAACGAGCAAGACUUCGCCGUUAACGUGUGUACCGUGCUGGCCGCCGACCACUCGAACCGACUGCCUUUGAGUACCACACCGCAUAUAUUGGACUUCCUAUUGGCUCAUGCUGGAGUUUAUAAUCAUUCAAGUCUACGCGACACGAUCGGUCGUUCUUACUACGAAGCAAGAGGGCGCUAUCCGGACGACUUCUGGGCGAUGCGAGCUGGUGGGGGUGGGGCUAAGGAGUUGGCUGACGAGACAAAGUUCAUGCAGCCAGGAGUAGAGCAACCCGACCUGAUCGUGCAGGCCAGGGCCGCGUAUAAUACCCUGACAGACUGUCUAAUGAAUGAAGCUGAAUUGGAGGAGGUUACCGCUGAGAAGGUGUUUGAAGAUGAACCCUUUGAGGAUUGGAUGGUAGAGCCAGCGGAGGAGAGCCUUCUGUUCGCUCCCGAGCUGCCGGGCGGCGCGUCCUGUGUGUACACACAGCGGGUGCUACAGAUAGCCUCCAUCGUUAGAUCACUGUCCUUCCACGAAGAAAAUGUCCAGUAUCUGUCAAAGAAUACUACUCUUAUCAGGUUUUUACUUCUCUGCGCAAACAGUUGGGUUGGCACUCUGCGUCAAUCCGGUCUCGACACACUCGGAAAUGUUUCUACUGAGCUUAUUAUCAAGGACCCGGCAACAUGUCUAAUAUCACGUCACGUGAUAUCUACUAUCCAAGCGGCGCUAGCGUCGCAGGACAGAGCUAGAGUUCUCUCUGCGUUAGAAUUACUCAAUAAGCUGGCUCAGAAUGAGGCCAACGAAGAUGCUCUAUUGAAAUCUUUGGAGGCUAAGAUAUACCAAGACGUAUGCUCGUUGCUCACGCUUCGCGACAUCAUGGUGUUAGUAUGUACGCUGGAGUGCGUGUACGCGCUGACGUCACUGGGUGACCGCGCCAGCGAAGCUGUGGCUCGCGUGCCCGGACUCAUCAGCACUCUGGUCUCGCUUGUCACUGUGGAGGCGCAGAGCUACGGCCCGCGCGCGUGCAUCCUGAUGCGCGUGGUGGAGACCGUGAGCGGGCCCGGCGCGCUGGCCGCGCGCGACGAGCGCGACGAGCGCGGGCACACGCAGGUCCAAACCCCAGUAAAGCCAGUCGAACAGCAAGCCGCAAUCCCAACGCCGGUGGUAUCAACGCUGGCGCCCGUCACCAACAUCCAACAGUCGCACUUGCAGCAGCGGACAGUGCAGGUGAAUGAUAAGGGGCCGAUCGAAAACGAGCACUUCGCUCAAGCAUGGCUUCGGUCUGCGUACGAAGUGUUGCCGGCGAACGACAACAGCGCUUGUGACGCCAACGAAGUGUAUAGACAGUAUGUUGCUUGCUGUACCAAGUUGGCGAGGAAGGGAGUCAUAGGACCCACUCACUUCCCGAGAUUAGUCAGGACCGUGUUUGGAGGUACUGUGGGUCCCAACACAGUGACGCUGUCUACGGGCGAGACUCAGCAGGUGUACAUCGGCAUCAGAUCGAGGAACAUACAGAAUAGAACUAACCCACCAGCAGGUCCAUCAUCACCAAUACUGAAGGCGCAGCUGACGAAUAAGGCGGCAGCUGAAGCGAAGCCCGUGGUAUCACAAACACAAGUACAGCCACAGCCGCAGCCCACAGCCUCCCACCCACAUCUCUCUCAAGCUCUGGAGUCGAGUCCUUCAAACACGACGCUUAUUAAGCACCUUUUAGCGCAUAAAGUAAGCCCCGCGUUACAGCAACCGCAAGUGGCGCAAAGACAACAGAGUCAGCAGAGAGCGCCGGCGACACCCACAAGUGUCGUGGUUCAGAAUACUCAGGUAAUACAAACAGUAAUGGAUGUGGAUCCCGAAGCUUUGAUCAAAUGUACAACGAUAACUCCCGGUGGUGUUGCCAGUAGCACGCCUACAGAAAAGGUUUUAAUCAAUCCUCAAGAGGAAGUUGUACCAAAGGAAGAGCCUGUACAAAUACAGAUUGAUGAACAACAACAACUUACUAUUAAAUCUGCUCAAAACAAAAUGCUAGCAGAUCUACUGAAGAAAAAUUCCAACCCUCCACUGCAAGUCGUUCAAAUGGGCCCACAAAUCAACGCCCCGACCAUACAAAUAACAGAAACCGGUCAAAUCGUCCAAGUCAAGUCAGAAUCGACCCCCGUCAUACAGUUCAAUGCCGACGCAGGAAUAGUUACACAAGGAAACCAAUACUUCCAAAUAAAGAACGAACAGGGACAAUUAAUCCAAAUUAAAAAUGAGCAAGGUCAAAUCAUUCAGUUGAAGAGCGAUCAAUUGCAAGCGCCUAUCCUGCAGUACAAGAAUGAACAAGGUCAAUUAGUGCAGGUCAAGACUGAAGGUCAGUUGCAGUUGAAAAAUGAAAAGGAAGUAGCUGAGAAUGUGGUUACUGAUCAUUCAUAUACGGAACCGCCAGCUAAGAAAAUUAAGGUUGAGGAAAAGCCCGCACCGCCUCAGGAGAGCGUGUCGAAGACCGCGGCGAACCUGUACGCAGCGCUCGCGGCUUCCGCAUUGGAAGAUGAGGAAGAUUUGGUAAAUAUGCCGCCAAAGCAAGAAUCAGUGGAUAUGAUACAGCCAUCUGUAUUGAUGACCGCUGGCAGCGAUAAUCCAUCAGUUAUCAUACAAGAACCCAUUCUGCAGGUACAGCAGCCCACCAUGUCCGUUCAACAGCCCACAAUGCAAGUUCAGCAACCGACGCUUCAGGUUCAGCAACCGACAUUGCAAGUACAAACACCAACAUUACAGGUUCAACAACAGGCCUUACAAAUGCAGCAACCAAUGUUGCAAGUACAACCCAUGGAUGUACAAAACAUAAUCGCAUCACAAUCUGGGCAACUCAUUCUUCAAGAAAAGACAAUAUCGACUCAACCCACACAGUACAUGCAACAGCCAAUGCAAAUCAUAGCAACACCAAGCAAUUCUCAAGGUGGAAUAAGCUACAUCGCUCAGAAUAUACCGGGUAACAUGAUGCAGAAAACUAUUAUUAUAGUCCAAGGUCCGACCGGUGGUGGGCCUCUCACUCUGACGGUGAACAACCCAGGCGGUCUGGAUGAGGCGACGCUAAACAGCCUUAUUACGCAGGCAACAGAGGCGAUUACCCAACAGCAAAUUAUACAGAAUGCCCCCCAAAUUACUCCCAGUCAGCAACCAAUUAUAACCAACCAGCCGCAACCGCAUAAAGCUCAGUUGGUCAACACGCAACAGACGCAGCAAAUAGUCGUCACUCAGAAGCAACCGCCCGCGCUUAUCAGUACAUCCAAUAGCAACCAAAUUGUUAGCGGCAACCCGCAGCUGAUUCAAGGCAACCAACAACUCCUCCAAGGCAACCAGCAAAUAAUUGCCGUGUCCAGCAACCAGUCGAUUAUAAUGAACGCACCUAUGAAAGGCAGCGUGCAUCGUGUGGUCCAGCAACCACAGCGGAGUCCCGUAGUAACCAGUGUUCAGAGCAACCAGGUUUCCGUGGUCAGUGAGGCGAAGACUAGCGUUAUACAGACUACUGCGUCGCAAAAGGCCCCGCAGCAACCAGUGAUGCGACAAGUCAUCACCCGACAACCAGUCAUGGUGGGCAACACUAAGAUCGGUGACAAAGAGCUCGUGGUCAACCAGCCUGUGCCAGAGAAACCUCCCACGCCAAAGCCAGCUGCGACUCCACCGCCGACGCCGGCGCCGCAACCAGUGCAACCAACACCCGUACAGGACGAAACUCCAUGGAUCUGCCAUUGGAGGGGAUGUGGGAAAACAUUCACAUGCGCGUCGGAGGUGUUCUCGCACGCGGCCCGCGCGCACUGCCCGGGCGCGGCGGGCGGCGAGGCGCCCUGCAUGUGGCUGGACUGCGACCGGGUGCCGCGGAAGACCUUCGCGCUACUCAACCAUCUCACAGACAAACAUUGCACCGUACAUGCUCUAAAAGCGAUAUACAAUUCCCGACGGCACGCAGCCGCUGAAGGCUCGGACGGUAAGCCGGUAACACUAGGCUAUCCACCCAACGCCGCUCUCGCCGCUCUCAAUAAACACGCACAAGAUAUGUUCAACCCAAGAGAGCUUAUGCACAGGGCCGAACUCAGUCGCACGCCGGAACAACUGGAUGAGAAUGAGGGUCCAGUUACUAAAAGUAUAAGGUUGACUGCAGCUCUUAUAUUGAGGAAUAUUGUUAUCUACUCGAAUACUGGAAGGAGACAACUCCGUUCAUACGAGGCGCACCUAGCGACGAUCGCGCUGAGCAGCGUCGAGGCGUCGCGAACGAUCGCUCAAGUGCUAUUCGAUAUGAACAAUAUUUGAGAAUCACUGAACGGGCCGAAGCCCGAACCCAAGCAUUCUUGGCACUGGCAGUAUAUUCCGCCUCUGUAAAUAUAUGACUGAAUGUUAGGUCACAAUAAACUGGACAAUUUUAAGUGUAGUUGUGAAUAUAUAAGUGAAAAGUGAUACAGAUUUGUGCCCCGUUUAAACUUUUCCAGUAGGUAAAUCGAAUGCUAGCCCAGUGGUUUGACCGUUUGACUGCCAAAUCGAAGGCCUUAGGUUCGAAUCCAUGCCUGCACUAAUAUUUUUUGUAAUAUAUGAAGGAAAAAAUUGGAAUAAAUGAGCACAUUUGAAAAUUUUCCAUAUCAUACGAUAAUAUUGCUGGAAUAGUUAAAACUAAGCAUAAUGUGAACAAUGCUAUCACGUAUUUUAUUAUUAUUCAGUGUUACACACUGAACAUAAUAUGAGAUUGGAUGUAUUAGAGUAAGUUAAAUACUUUAAUUUAUAUUCAAAUACAUUUUCCAUGCCAAUGAAAGUUGUAAAGUCAAGACAUCUACAAUGCGGCAAAUGUAAAUUGGUACGUUGUGAAAGAGCUACAAACUAUUGCCGUCUUUGUCUCAUACGGCGUGCAUGUAUACUUUGAUCUCGCUCUAAUAUUAUUUUUAUCUAUAUCCGAACGGGCAACUUACGUCGGCCACACAUCACGAUAUUAAACUUUGUGUCGCAACUGGUGUCCUAGUGUAUACGUUGCUAUGUAGUUUCAGAAAUCUUUUAAUUUCUUAUAUAUCUGAUUAAUCAUGUAAUAAAUGUUUUGUAAAAAAAUAUAAGUUUUUUACGUGUCAUUAAGCACGUAUUAAGUAAAAAGGCAAGUUUACUUACUAUUAAAUGAUGUAACGGUUUACUCACGCGUAUUUAUCGGGGAUGCCCGACUAAUUGCGGACCCAACCGGAGU